CGGCCGCCCGAGCCACGUGCGCCCGCGCCCGGCAGGCGUUCAGGAAAGCGCGGCCACGCCUGGGCCGGCCACCAUUUCCCGGGCGCCGCCGCGGCGCCGACUCGCGGGCAGCGGCCCCUCUGUGCGCCCGGCCGGGCCCCCGAACGCCGGGAGCAUGAGCGCGGGCUCGGAGCGCGGGGCGGCGGCAACCCCCGGGGGUUUGCCCGCGCCCUGCGCCUCGAAGGUGGAGCUGCGGCUCAGCUGCCGGCACCUGCUGGACCGCGACCCGCUCACCAAGUCCGACCCCAGCGUGGCGUUGCUGCAGCAGGCGCAGGGCCAGUGGGUGCAGGUGGGCAGAACCGAGGUGGUCCGGAGCAGCCUGCAUCCCGUGUUCUCCAAGGUCUUCACGGUGGAUUACUAUUUCGAGGAGGUGCAGAGGCUGCGCUUUGAGGUGUACGACACGCAUGGGCCCAGCGGCUUCAGCUGUCAGGAGGAUGACUUCCUAGGGGGCAUGGAGUGCACCCUGGGGCAGAUUGUGGCCCAGAAGAAGGUGACCCGCCCGCUGCUGCUCAAGUUUGGCAGGAACGCCGGCAAGUCCACCAUCACGGUGAUUGCCGAGGACAUCUCGGGGAACAACGGCUACGUGGAGCUCUCCUUCCGGGCCAGGAAGCUGGACGACAAGGACCUCUUCAGCAAGUCCGACCCCUUCCUGGAGCUUUACCGGGUCAACGACGACCAGGGCUUGCAGCUGGUGUACAGGACGGAGGUGGUGAAGAACAACCUGAACCCGGUGUGGGAGCCCUUCAAAGUCUCGCUGAGUUCCCUCUGCAGCUGCGAGGAGACAAGGCCUCUGAAGUGCCUGGUCUGGGAUUACGACUCUCGAGGAAAGCACGACUUCAUCGGAGAAUUCUCCACCACCUUCGAGGAGAUGCAGAAGGCCUUUGAGGAGGGGCAGGCCCAGUGGGACUGUGUGAACCCCAAAUACAAGCAGAAGAGACGCAGUUAUAAGAACUCAGGAGUGGUCAUCCUGGCCGACCUCAAGUUCCACAGGGUGUACUCCUUCCUGGACUAUAUCAUGGGCGGCUGCCAGAUCCACUUCACCGUGGCCAUUGACUUCACCGCCUCCAAUGGAGACCCGCGGAACAGCUGCUCCCUGCACUACAUCAACCCCUACCAGCCGAACGAGUACCUGAAGGCACUGGUGUCCGUGGGCGAGAUCUGCCAGGACUAUGACAGCGACAAGAGGUUUUCCGCUUUGGGGUUUGGAGCCCGGAUCCCUCCCAAGUAUGAGGUGUCCCAUGACUUUGCCAUCAAUUUCAACCCUGAGGACGAUGAGUGUGAAGGUGUCUCGGGCGCAGGGCUGUCCAUCGCCUCACAGGGUCACGGCCACGGCUGCAGCGAGGCUGCCCCUCUCCUCUUCCUCUGGGCACCACAGGCCGCACGCAUGUCUACUGUUUGGCUGACACAUCUGCCCUCAGUGGGACGGGCUCAGUCAAGGCCAGCCCGGGGGAGGCUGCUGUGGGCUCCCGCUCUGCCCGGUGCAAGGCUGGCCCAGCCCCCUGGGGCUGCUGCUCAGCAAUACUACAUCCUGCUGAUCCUGACGGACGGCGUGGUGACCGACAUGGCCGACACACGGGAGGCCAUUGUGCGUGCCUCACGCCUGCCCAUGUCCAUCAUCAUCGUGGGCGUCGGAAACGCCGACUUCACCGACAUGCAGGUCCUGGACGGCGACGACGGCGUCCUGCGCUCCCCACGGGGUGAGCCCGCGCUCCGGGACAUCGUACAGUUCGUGCCCUUCCGGGAGCUCAAGAACCAGAGAGAACAGCACGAGAGGCUCCUGGGAUCCACCACGCGGCUUCCCCUGUUGCUGCCAACCUCUGCGACCCAGCGAGGCACGCACAGCACACACGUGAGGUUCUACCCGGCAUCCCCUGCGGCGCUGGCCAAGUGCGUGCUGGCCGAGGUCCCAAAGCAGGUGGUGGAGUACUACAGCCACAGAGGCCUGCCCCCGAGAGGCCUGGGCGUCCCUGCCGGAGAAGCCAGCCCAGGCUGCACCUCGUGAAGACGUGGAGGGUGUGGGGAGGGGCAGUGAGGAGUGGGUCCAUACGGCCUCUGUCUCCAACACGCUUGGGGUCUCUUAAGUUCCCUCCGACCUCCCAGAAGCCUCCAGUCCCCACCAGGCCCCACUCCCAGUCCUCCUGGGAUCCUGCUAGCUUGGGCCCCGCUCUGGGGCCCCCAAGGCCGAAGGGUGACAAAAUACAGGCCCCCGUGCCUGGCCCUGCCUGAGCCAGGUGGAUGGAGGGAGGGAAAUCAUGAGGGACUUGGAGGGGCCUGGGAGUUCAUCCAGGGGAGACCCUGCCCCGAUGAGAAGGGGCAGGGACUGGGGGCUCUGCUUUGCAUCUAAUCUUUGUGGGAGAGGGCCAGCAAGGCAGCACCCCAGCGCCCGAGAAAGCCCGGGGGCCCAGACACCUGUCCCCACAGUCAGCCUCCUAUCCCUGCUGGUGCCCCUACACCCACCCACCCUGUGCUUUUUGCCGUCCAGCCUCUGCACCUGGGUCCAUGGCGUCUGCGGGGUCGGCCUGGCCUGUGGGUUCUGCCGGUGGGGCUUCAGGAGUAAUAAAGUGUCACCCUAC